CAGCAGAGCAACCUAAGCUCAGCUCUGUGUGGUGUACUAGAACAAUACACCAGUGUGUGCGCGAACACAGGUGCUGUACAAAUCCAUGCUUCAACAUGUAUGCAGUACGUAUACAUGAUAUACAUGCACAUUUGUGUUGUCUGCUAUUUCCAUAUCCCAUGAUAUAUUCUCUUGUUGAACAUAGCCUGGGCUGCAUUAAUUAACUGUCAUCUUUAUUGUUUCUAUACAAUGGAGGGCCUGGCAACGUAAACCUUUGCCUUGAGCGUAAUUGUCUGCAUCUUAUCAUGUUUAUUUUGUUGCUUUGUUUGAUGAUCUGAACUUGAACAUGGAUUUGACUUCAUCAUCACAACUGAUCAAGCCAUGCAGGGUACAGAUUACAGAUUUGAGAAAAAUGAAGAAUCAAGAAGAUCAUUUGCGUGGGGCCCUCGAGGAAUCCAUUCCAAGCAGCUCCAGGGAGACUCCGCCUCAAGGAGCAUGUACAGUGCUGAUUGUUCCUAAUCAGGAACCUUCCAACACCACAGACACCAAGGAUGGAGAACCAUCAGAAGGUACCAUGCUAGUCGUCAAUGAGGAUGGCUGGAUCGAGAGGGAGCCCUCUUCUCCGGAAGGAAAAGCGCAGCCUCCCGAAAGUGGAAAAUCUGGAACAGACAAUCAGCAGUCAAGCGAUGAGAUGAGUGGUGCGGAAUCAGAUUUUGAUAUCGAUGAGAACGAUGCAGAUGACGAUGACUGGGUUCCAGAUCCCGGUAGCGAUUCUGAUUUUGAGGGAGUUGACGAUGAGGACAAUGGAGGCGAGGGUAGGGAAGCAGGAAACAUAGAGCCUAUUGAAGUAAAUCCUGAUGAACCAUUAACGAAUGAAAUCUUAAAAAAGAUCAUGGAGGUAGUUUAUGGUGUUCCAAAACCAAACCUUGAUACACUGGUUUUGUUGAAAGAACAGAUGGAUGAGAGGCCAAAACUGAAGUUGAAGUUAUUGAAAGACCUGCAGCGAGGGCAUUCCAUAUUCAAAAAGAGACACAGAAGUGAUCAACAAAGGAUACAUGUGGUGAAAAAACAGUAUAUUCAAACACCAAGCCCAGUCCCCGAGAGCGUUGAGAGUACUGUGCCCCAAUGGACCCCACAUCAACCACUUACACUGGCAAGAGCUACAGCUCAUCUUGCAGCUCAGCAGGGUAAAGGUGAAAAUAAUACUUUACCUUAUCCUGCUUCGGCUCCUGCUAUUUAUCGUGUACCCAAUCCUGCUAUGGUUCCUGUAAGUAAUAUUUUACCGAAUCCUCCUCGGGCUCCUGUUAAUAUUUUACCUCGUACUGCUCCAGCUCCUGUUCCUGUACAUGUUCCUGGUCCUGGUCUUGUCCCUGCUCAUGCUAUUCCUUUUUCUCAGAUACAGCUGCCUCGCAUACAACCUGGACUACCACAAAUGCUAAAAAUGCCACAAAUUCUACAAAUGCCACAAACUGUGUAUCGUCCUAUAGCCCCAAAGCCACCUCUGUUAGCUCCGCGUACCCCACAACAAAAUACAGUCAUGAAAAAGGCUCCAGAUUUACCUGCACAACCUAAAGUGACUGCACCUUCAAGUUCUCUUCCUUCAAGAACCACUGCAGUACCAGUAUUACCUACCUUACCUUCUGCAGCUGUCACUUCCACCUCCUCUUCCUCUCCUAUCAAUCCAGAAAGCAAUGUACCGAAAAACACUGAAAAGACACAGGAAACCAUAUGUUUCAAGGAUGAAUCCAGUCCCAAAACUCGUGCAGUUUAUAUGCCAGAGAAACGAAUUGUGAAUAUCCCAGAGUUACAUCCUAGUCCUACUGGCUCACUAGAUGUCCUGGUUCCUGUCGAUGCAACUGGACAAAUGAAAGAACCUUUCAUGGGAAUCCCUCUGGACUCCUGUAAAAUUCUCUUCAAUUCAGAUUCUGAGGACGAAGGGACCGAUACGAAUGAAGCAACUGGUAAAGAUACUCCCAGUAGAAGAUCAAAGGACCCUUCCCUCCCAGGACAAUCCAGUUCUCCAAAUCCACAGUUAAGAGUUUCAGCUGCCCCUGGGAUACCCCCAAAUCCCUCACGCAUCAUACCCCCGGGGAUGGUUCCUGUGGGAUUGGCACCGGCAAGCGCAAGGCCAUCCGGAGUCUUUCCAUCUGACAUGUUUCCUCCAGGUUCUAUUCCUCCUGGUAUGGUUCCAAUUGCACUACCACCAAAUGCUCUGCACUAUCCAGUCCCUGGGCCUCAUAUCAAAUGUACAUGUCCACCCGGUACCAGGCCACCCGGACCCCCUGUACACUCUCUCUUACAUCUCCAACCAGAAGACAUGAAAAAAAUUAAUACAGUGGGUGUUAAUUCUCCCACAAUGAAUCACCAAAGUGGGACAUCUGAUACAAGGAAUGAAUCGCCUUCACUGUCUCCUGCCAACGACGGGAGAGCAGAAUCACCCGGUAUCAAAAUAGCAAGCGUUCGUUCCUGCAAAAGUGAGGAGGACCCUAGCGACAAUGCAUCACCAUCAUUGAAAGAGUCUGUAGAUCCUGGGGUCACACCAUCAAAGGCGACAAAAGAAGGGCUUGGAAACCACCCUGGAUCUCUCCUGACAGUAAUCCUGCCAAAGUCUGCCAAAGAGCACUACAAGAACAAACUCAAUUCUAAACCAUUGUUUCAACCUUCAAGAGCUGAUCUGAAAGAAGUACACCAUCCUGCAACCAAAGUUGAUCUGGGCUUGGUGUGGAAUGAGAUAAGCCUCUUGAGAUCAGAGAUUCACCUCAUAAAGACCAAAGUUGCUUCAGAUAUCCACAACAUUAGAACUGAUAUGGAGGAUUUUGUGAAGAUUGUGGGAGCAAGAUUAGGAAUCACACCUGUGCCUCAACAAAACAAAACUGUUCCAGGGAACGAAAGAGAAAUUGAUGGCAAAAGAAAGAGAGAGGACUAUCAGAGUUCACGCAAACAAGCAAAAGUCUCCCCUGAAAAUCUACACUGAAUAUGGCAAUCUUUAAAGUUUUGAAAAAAACUGUGAUAGAAAUGUAAAGGGGAAUUUCACCCUUAAAAAAACAGUUUAUUGUAAAAAU